ACACUCCGCGUGCUGGUUGCCCACUCUGGCCUCUUGGCUUGGAGGCAAGGAGAAUAUCUGCCACUGUCCGCUUUCCCUUGGUGGUCCGCUCACAACUAAUCCCGUUGGAGAUGGCAGACGACCUUGGAGACGAGUGGUGGGAGAACCAGCCUGCAGGAGCAGCCAGCAGCCCAGAAGCAUCAGGUGGUGAAGGAGGAGGAGACCCAGAAAUGGAGCAGGAGACAGCUCCAGUACCAGCCCUGUCAAAGAAGACCAAACAGCCUAAAGAAUGUUUCUUGAUACAACCAAAGGAAACAAAAGAAGAUGCCACCAAGACAAGGAAGAGAAGAAAGAAGAAAAUUACAGAUGUUCUUGCAAAAUCAGAGCCAAAACCAGGGACCCCUGAAGACCUACAGAAACUGAUGAAGGACUAUUACAGCAGCGAUCGUUCAGUGAUUGAAUUAGAAGAACUAAACCUACCAGAUUCCUGUUUCCUCAAGGCCAAUGAUUUGACUCAUAGUCUCUCAUCAUACCUAAAAGAAAUCUGCCCUAAGUGGGUAAAACUUCGGAAAAACCAUAAUGAGAAGAAAUCAGUCCUGAUGUUGAUCAUCUGCAGCUCUGCUGUCCGGGCCUUGGAGCUCAUUAGGUCAAUGACAGCAUUUAGAGGGGACAGCAAAGUUAUGAAAUUAUUUGCAAAACACAUUAAGGUCCAAGAGCAGGUAAAGUUGCUGGAGAAGCGUGUGGUGCACCUGGGUGUAGGAACACCAGGGAGAAUUAAAGAACUCAUUAAACAAGGUGGCCUUAAUUUGAACCCCUUAAAGUUUCUCGUUUUUGACUGGAACUGGAGAGAUCAGAAGUUGAGGAGGAUGAUGGACAUUCCCGAGAUAAGAAAGGAGGUUUUUGAACUUCUGGAAAUCGGAGUCCUCAGUCUAUGCAAGUCUGAAUCUUUGAAGCUCGGCCUUUUCUAAGUCUGGGUCCUAAUGAAAAUUCCAGUUUUUAUGGUGGGAUUUGCUUCUCAUUUAAUAGCUCUGGAAUAUUGCAAGGACUCAGUAAAUAUCAGCUAUUGUUUUAUUAUGUUAACUGGAUCACCCCAUGAAUCACUAGAAAUUUUUGGUGGAGAUUCUUUGACAGAAACGAAGCUGUCCUUUGCCAACUUCUCUGUAUAAUAAAGUAUCACCAGCUUGUGUAUGA